AUGGCCGCUAAGCCGACUGAUGAGCCGGUUAGCCGUACCGGCGAUCCUAGAAAAAAUGGGAUUUCCAAUGGGAUUGUGGUGGGAGUCGUGGAUUUGCGUCGGGAAUGGGAGAAUCUGCGAGCGGCAAAAUCGUUUUGCGAUGUGGAGCUGCGUGGUGCCGAAGCACAGUCGACAGGGAUUCCGUGCCAUCGCAGUGUCCUCAGUGUGAACAGUACGUAUUUUCGCAACAUGUUCCUGUCGGGAAUGAAGGAAUCCACUCAAAAAGUUAUUCACCUGCAAAACAUCUCCCACACUGUUCUGUCCCAGCUGAUUGACUAUUGCUACAUGACGGAGAUUUCACUCACUGAAAGCAACGUGCAGUCACUGCUAACAGCUGCUUCAUUUCUGGACAUUGGCACAUUCGUGGGGGCCUGCUGGGAGUUCAUGGAACGCCGCAUGGACAUCAAGAACUGUCUGAUGCUGUAUUGCUUCGCUGAUUCCGAUGCGCACAAAAAUCCUGCGUUAGCUGACAAGGCUAAAGCUGUGGUCUUCAAGCAUUUUGUGGGCAUCUCGGAAGGAACAGAAUUCCUGGAGUUGCCGAAAAACGUGGUUAUCGAUCUGAUUCGCUGCGAUGCCUUGUACGUUAGGUGGGAGGACGAAGUCUUUGACGCCGUUAUUCGCUGGCUACAUCACGAUUUCGAGCAUCGGCGCUGCCAAGCUUGGGAGAUGUUGCAGUACAUUCGCGCGUCGUAUCUGCGUCCACCGUGUCAUGACGAAUACAUGCAGGCCAGUAUUAAGGCAUUCGUCGAUUAUUCUGGCACAGAAAAUGCUGUAUGUCUGUCAGAAAAUCUGAACGUGUUACCGGGAUAUAUCAGCGAAGUAUCUUCCUCCCGCUAUAUAGCAAGGACGUCCUAUGGCUUGGAGAGCAUGAUCAUCUGUGCCGGCGGACAUCGGGAUAACUCCGUGAACUCUAUGAUGGACAGCGUGGAAUGCUUCAAUCCACGCACUUCCAGAUGGAGGAAACUGACUCCGCUGCCGUACAGCAUAGCCGAUGGAGGUCUAGCGGUCGUUCAUGAUGACUUGUUUGUCUGUGGCGGGAUCACUGGCAUUCGUAACGUUGACGUGGCGUCGCGGAUGUUUCGCCAUAGCAGCGCUCGAACCGGCUGGACCGAGGUGGCUCCAAUGCAAACUAGCCGAGCAUGUGCGGGGAUUGUCGCUGAUGGCGACCACAUUUACGCCAUUGGUGGACAUGGCGCUGACCAUACCUCAUCCACCGUGGAGCGCUACAGUGUGCUCACCAAUCAGUGGACGUUCGUGGCAUCCUUACCCGUACCUCUAGAGAAGUUUGCGGUCGUCAGUAUCGACGGUCAGAUCUUCGCGUUCGGUGGUGUCACGUCCAAGGUUAUUACGGCCAAUGCUACGGAUUUGGCGUUUUGCUACGAUCCGAAAGCGGAUAUAUGGAGUGAACUGCCCAAAAUGCCGACGGCACGAUACCGCGCUUCAGCCUGCGUUGGAUCCGACGGAUGGAUUUACGUGAUUGGUGGACGAAACCCUGGAGCUAUUUUUAACUGCGUGGAGGCUUUUAAUCCAAGAACUAACCAGUGGACUAAGAAAUGUGGAAUGAGUCAACCGAUAAAUUCCGCGGGGGUUUGUUGCCUCGGUAACAAAAUAUAUGUUUUGGGGGGAUACAACGCAGGUAGUGAAAGUUCGAUCGGAGUUUACGAUGUAUUUUCGGAUACAUGGACAACCAGCGACAGCCAUUUGCCCCAUGAAAAAUGGGCCUUUGGUUGUGGAGUUGUGGAAGUUACCGAGGAGGCCAGCCAACGGUUUUUCAUGUAAAAUGGCCCCUGCUUGCCAGGCCAAAGUUGUUCGUUCCCGAAAGGCCAUUGUUUGCUUUGUAAACUAAUGAAAGCGACAGAGAGGCUGGAAUGCGAUGAUAGUCAUGUGAGACCGGGAUCACUAGCGUUCACGUCAGUGGCGCUAGGCGCUACGCCUUUGGAUUAUGGCCUGUGUUGUGUCUCGCUUCUGAUUGGCUUGUGUUUUGUUAGUGGGCGCGGCAUAGCACGUGCUGCACAGCGUUGCACGCUGUUGAAUGGGCUCCACGCUUUACGAUCGAGCUGCGCCGAUCAUUAUUGAUUUUCGAUUGUCGGAAUUUUCAAUAUUAAAAAGUCAGCAGUUUACGGUGCGACGUUUUGUGAUUUCGCAAUAGUUCGCAAUCCAGAUCGUAUUGCUCACUUCCACGGGAUAGAUUCCGUUUCUGUCUCCGUCUGUGGAUCUGUUCUGGAUCUACCAUUAGAUGGUAGCAGAGCCGACAGCGGUUCUCUGAUUUGAUUUGUGUCAGGCAAAGUUGGCCUGUUAUUGACGUGGAACCCGACCAGUAAGGCACAGGUCUGUACUCACAGCAAAGCGCAACACCACAAGCGGUGCAAUUCCUCCAUCUGACGUGGAUUUUCCAGCUUCGGUUUUCGGUACGGGAUCUUCAGCGAAGAACCGUACUGUUUCCUUAGCUGUGCAAGAGUUCAAGAGAGCAGUCGCCAGUGUUCCUCGGUGUAGAGUCUUCAGCGAAGACCUACACUGGUGUCACUGGUACUCGGCAAGGAUUCAGCGAAUCCUAAGCCGUGGGGCAGAAGCGCCGAAACGCCGAAAGGGGCGUACGGAAAAGACCGAUCAGACUCCUCCAAACUGGAGUAGAGCGCCACCACUGUUGCUACGGCAGUCAGCCGGCACAGUAACUUAUUAAAAGCGUGCGGCACCACCGUUACGGUAAAACCGGCGGCAGCGCGGGAACGGAUAGUGGAAGAAGAAUCUGGAUCAUUUGGAUCAUUUCCCCGUGGAACGCGGAACGGACGGACGGUUAACAGAAGGUAAGCACAGUUAAUGGACAGAUUGGAACGACAAAACUCGGAUAAUUCAGACUCGGAAAGUAUUGGAAACCCACUAAAAGCAUCUACACCUAUAAGAAUGGAAGGUGAAUACGGUUAUGACACCUCAUAUGGUGAAGGAUCAACGUCGUCAGUGGGAACGGCUCAGAAUGAACCUGGAACAAGUCAAGGAGGUUACUAUGGCGGCCAGGGAUAUUACGUGUAUCACGAUCCAGGACAGCAGACGAGUUAUCAGGACACGGUUAACUGGGUGCACCACGGCUCACCUGCCGGAACCCAGUAUUCGGGACAAGUAACGGGCGCCCCGUAUCAACCGUAUCCAGGAUCGUAUACCCCACCGAUGGGACCACCACAAGUAAUGAUGGGACCGGCAAGAAUGUUGAUGCCGCCACCGCAACAGACCACACCGAGUCGAUUUAUGGGACAUGGUGGAUUCAGCGGAACUCCACCACGAUCACAAAGGUCAUCUCCGAUAUUACCGCCUUUUCCGGAGACGGGAGGCUUGUCA